AUGACGCACCUUCCGGACGAUGAACAAGCCCUGAAGAACUACGUCGAGGAGAGAAGCCUUUGGACAGAGAUGCGCGCCAAGCUGGAGCAAAGCGAGGUCGAAAUCCAAGAGGCUGAAACCAUCCCAGGCAGCGUCCCCACCUUCAGCCACCACGACGGCGCCUUCCAGCGGUCACAAGACUCCUUCGCCCGAGAUUACACCUUGGAAGAAUACGAGAAGCUCCGGGGCAAAUUCAGGCGAUUGUGCGAACCAAAGCGCGGUAGCGGAAACAUUGAAGUGCCCGGCGACAUCUUCAAGCAGUACAUGGACGCUUUCCUGAAGGUCGUGACAAUGGAGAAGUCUCAUGAAAAAACCCACGAGUUGGAGGAAGAAGGAGGCUUCUAUACCCCGGAAGAGAUGAAGGAGCUGCUGCACUAUAAACAGACCUUCGGACCCUAA